UCGGAAAGUGCACACAUCAUAAUUGUAUGCUUGAUGAAUUUUCACAAAGUCAGCACCUCUGUGUAACCAGCACCCAGACCAGGGACAGACCGUUACCAGAUGCUUCUGCCCCCUCAAGGGUAAUACUCUCCUGACUUCUAGUUGUUUUUGCCUGGUUUGAAACUUUAUAGAAAUCUCUGCUCAAUGUAUAAGUGUUGCAUUGCUUUAGCGCUUGGUUGUAGACCAUCUUCUGUUUUUUAUUUUGCAUAUACAUAUAUUUAUAUACACCAAAGUUACCGUUCUAGCAAGAUGAUUGCCCAUUCGCUUCCUUGCCAUAUGUCACCAACCAUUACUUAAUGUAUGUCUUAGCCCAGGCCUCUCACUGAACUCCUGACUGGAAUAUUCCCAAUGCCUACAAGGCGGCUGCAGCCCUGUCUGGGGGUCUCACAGCACCUCAGACUUGGCAUGUCUGUAACGCAGCUUCUUGUCUUCGGCAAGGACCCUGAGCCUCUUCUCAUGGUGUUUCCCACGAUGGGGUUCUCAGUAAAUAGCCCCACCAUCCACUCAGUGGUUUAAGUUGGCAAGGAGGCUUCUUGAUGGCCUCCCUCCCCCUACUCCCAAAAUCCAUCUCAGGACCACUUCAAACUUGCCUUAUAAGGGCCUCAAGAUUCAUUCCCUGCCCACCUCAGCUCUCCAGCCUCCUCUCCAGCUGCUUCUGCAUUUACACUCCUUGCUUUGGCCACUGUGGCUUUCUUUCCCUUACUCAGAAGUGUGAAGCUCCUUCCUGCAUCAGGGUCUGUGCCUGCUUUCCCCUCUGCCUAGAAGGCUGCCCUGCCCCAGGCAACUCCUCUGUAUUCUUCAGGUUUUUCACUUACUGCUUACAUUUAAUUUCCAUGACUGCCUAGACUGGGUUAGAUCACCUUGAUAUAUUCUGUGCAUGUUUUAAUAGCAGCCAUCCUUCCCUUUUAUAUUAUUUACUGCACAGGUUAUUGACUCUUUCAUGCAGAAGGCAGGGACUACAUCUGUCUUACUCGUGCUGUCUCCACACUGCCUGGCAAAUAAUAAAUCCCCAAUAAGUGAACAAAUGACUGAAGGCAAAAGCAGGAGGGGAGGGGAGCCCAGCCUGUGAGAGAGGCCAGGGCUCUGCCAUGUUCAGAGUUGAGGAAUAAAUUUCUUCUUACAGAGGUCUAUGGUACCCUUGGGCUUUCUCUGUCACUUGGCUUUCCCUGCAUGAGGUCCCCUCCCAGGUUCCUUUCCCACCCUUGGAUGGAGUUUUCUGAAGGCAAAGGGCAGGAGUCCCUGGCAGGAUGUAGCUGGUAGAAUGGUGGCUCUGUGAAGUAGGAACUGCCUCAACGGAGUUCAUCUCACCAUGGGAGUAUGAGUUCAGGACAAAGAGGCAUAGGCAGGCUGCUGGGCCGGCUGCUGCCAUCAUGGCAGAGAAAGUGAACAACUUCCCACCGUUGCCCAAAUUCAUCCCGCUGAAGCCAUGUUUCUACCAAGACUUCGAGGCAGACAUUCCUCCCCAGCAUCUGAGCAUGACCAAGCGCCUCUACUACCUGUGGAUGUUGAACAGUGUCACGCUGGCCGUGAACCUGGUGGGCUGUCUCGCGUGGCUGAUCGGAGGCGGGGGAGCCACCAACUUUGGCCUCGCCUUUCUCUGGCUCAUCCUCUUCACACCCUGCUCCUACGUCUGCUGGUUUCGGCCCAUUUACAAGGCCUUCAAGACUGACAGCUCCUUCAGCUUCAUGGCAUUCUUCUUCACCUUUAUGGCUCAGCUGGUCAUCAGCAUCAUCCAGGCUGUGGGCAUCCCAGGCUGGGGUGUCUGUGGCUGGAUCGCUACCAUCUCCUUCUUCGGAACAAACAUUGGCUCAGCGGUGGUGAUGCUCAUUCCCACCAUCAUGUUCACGGUCGUGGCUGUCUUUUCCUUCAUCGCCCUCAGCAUGGUUCAUAAAUUCUACCGGGGCAGUGGGGGGAGUUUCAGCAAAGCUCAGGAGGAGUGGACCACAGGGGCAUGGAAGAACCCACACGUGCAGCAGGCAGCCCAGAAUGCAGCCAUGGGGGCGGCCCAGGGUGCCAUGAAUCAGCCGCAGACUCAGUAUUCCACCACCCCCAACUACACAUACUCCAAUGAGAUGUGAGCCAGCUGAGCCUACUGGAAGGCAGGGCUGGGAGCCAGUGGGAUGGGGGCUGAAGCCACAUUGUCUGUUGUGGUGACCAAGCAGGGUUCCCCCUUCCCUUUUCUCCUCCCCAACUUUGUACAAAGAAUCAGAGUUAUAUAUAUAUAUAUAUAUAUAUGUGUGUGUAUAUGUCCACCCCCAGCCCCAAACACCCUUUGGAUUCUGCUCUUGGCAUUCUUAGAGCUGUGGGCUGCAAGGGGAGCUGUCCUGUGCGGUAGUAGCUGUGUCUGUGUCCCCUUGUGAAAUAGUGUGCAGUGAAGGUCUCUGUUGUUGUGGUGCUAGAUGUAUGUUUAGAACUAAGCCAGCCCCCCAUCCUCCACCAGGCUGCCCCAUCUAACCUUGACCCAGGGACCCCUCAUGGGAUAGGGGGAGGCAUAGCAGAGAGCCUGGCCCCCUCCCCAGGGUUAUGAACUGAAACUGUUUCCACUUCUGGUCUUCCUGGGAAGCAACAGUAUUUAGCAUUCAUGGGGGUGGUAGGUUGGCGGGGGGCGUGGACAGGCAGGGGAUCUUCCCUUGCUCCUUCUGAUCCGGGUCUGCUCCCCCUCAACUUCCUCCUCCUCUCCUCUAUUCCUGCUCUCAUAUUCCCUGUGGUCUCUUCUCUCACCCAGGGUCUCUCUCUUCCCCAUGUGGCUUUUCUUUGUUUUCCCCAAGGCUGAGUAUCCCUGUUGUAUCUGCUCCUGAGACUGAGCCCAUUCCCAUAUCAAGGAAGCAGGCUGGGGAGCUGAGCCUUAGCCCUGAUGUGGGAAGGCACAUAGCCGGAGACACAGAGCCCACCUGGGUACCUGCCUCCCAGGGAAUGGAAAUGUUGGGUUGUCUCCUUGACUCUCAGAGCUUGGCCUGCCAGGGCAGGCUCCUGUUUUCCCUGCCUUGCUUCCCCUUUCUCUUCCCAGAGCUCCCUCAAGCCCCUCUGCUUAUGUCCCUCCCUGCACCCACAGCUGCUGUGGCCUGAUCCUUCUACCUUCCCCCUCCAUGUGCCAGGUGGUGUCUGCCAUCCACAAGGGUAGAUUCCACUGCCUUCCCUGAAGAGCUGGAUGGUGUCCAGGCAAUUUUCAGGUAUAAAGGUACAGCUGGAGCAGAGGGUAUGUAAAUAAUUAUUGGUUCCUGGGUGGAAUUAUUGGCCCAAGCCCACUGGGCAGGUGCUAGAUGUCUCUGAAUGACCAUUGGAUUCCUGGGAGCAGUAGCUGUUCUGUUUGGAUCUGGUAGAAGGGACAGGCUCAGAGGCCUAGGCCUGGAGGGGAAAGCAGAGGAGAAGGCAGGCAGGACCCAGUGAGAGGGGAGCAUGCCCCACACCCCCACCCCAGCUUGCUCUUGGUCACAGGACAGUUCUGGGCAUUUGAACUCAGGGCCUAGCAAGAAGCACAGGCCCAAUCCUAUCCACAAGCACAAGGGCCGGGAUGGAUUUCAGGGUAGGCAGGGUGGGAGGGGAGGCUCUCUGGCUUUUUCUUUUAAUGAAGAUUACUUGCUCCCUCUGCCUACCAGACUUGAUUCUUGCCCUCCCUCAUCCUGUCAGAACCCCCUUUCCCUUCCAGGACAGCGAUUUCAGGUCUGGGGGGCUGUUACAUGCCAAGCAUUGUGAGAAUGUUGCUGGUGGAGGCCCUUGCUCUCUCUGAGGCUUGUAGGGAAGUGGGUUCCCACCUAAGGAGCAGUUGCCUGUUUCCCACCCCAACUUCUGCCUGGGCUGUUUGGCCUGAAAAACCAAACCCCGCUUGGCCACUCAGGGCUGGCUCCAGCUUGGAACCCAACACCUGGAAUUUCAGGUGCCAUCCUGAGCUUUGGGCUCCAGGCAUACCAUUUUUCUGUAAGAGGAUCCAGGACCUCUGGAAAGUUCUCUUCUUAAUGGUCCCUUAGGCUUGGGCCAGAGUGUGAUUGGCUGUCUCCUCUAUCACUUUCUCUCUGGAAAGCAAUUACAGCCCUUAGUACCUGAAAAGAGAUCUUAGGUUUAGGCUCUUUCUCCCCUUCCCUCUCCCCCACCAGAGACCCCUGGCUCCCUUUCUCUUAGUCUGUCUGGUCACUCUAGGAGGCCUGUGGUCCAGCUGCCAGCCCAACAUCCACGACCUGUUGGAUGCCACUUCCAGUCGAUCUCCUAUCCUAUCUGCCUUUCCUCUUUCCUGGCUCAGACCUAUAUGGCCAUGCCCUGGCUCUGCCCUUGGGAAGGCCUGCUACCUGUGUGUGGCCUGGCUUGUCCAGGCCCUGGGAUGCUGCAUCUCCAGGCAACUAUGCACUUUGAGGGGAGGAACUGGGCACAGAUUUAUCUUUGCUAGAUGGUCUGGCUUGGGGGUUGGGUGGAGGAAGGCCCAGGUCAGUUCUGGGAAUCCUCAGGUCUGCAGCCAGCCAGUGACCUGCCUUUGCAUUCUGUGGUGCCCACUGCUCCUCCUUGUUUCUGGGAGACACAGACCAUUCUCCAAUUGGCAGUUGACCUGCCUGAGCCAGUGUGUCUGUCUGUGGUAACUGAGUGAACCAUAAUAAAGGGGAACAUUUGGCCCUGUGUG